CAGGGAGUAGGGACACAUUGAUAAGAUUUACCGGAUUUAUGAUGAACAAAUUUAAAAACAUUAAAAACAGUCAUUUAUUUUAUCAUUAGUAGAAAAGUGAAAGAAUGUGUUGAAGAAUAGACCUGAUAAUCUACGAUGAAAUUGAAUAGCUCCACAGCCGUCGUUGGGAAAACAGUGAUUUUGGUUCCAUACAAAAAAAAACAUGUACCAAAGUAUCACAAAUGGAUGCAAAGAAAAGAUCUUCAAGAAGCGACAGCCUCUGAGCCUCUUUCUAUAGAAGAAGAACAUGAAAUGCAGCAAACUUGGUUCCGUGAUGACGACAAAUGCACAUUCAUCGUGUUGGAUAAAGAAAUCAUGGACCGGAAACACGACGAAAUUGAGGCGAUGAUCGGAGAUGCUAAUUUAUAUCUGAGUACGGCUGAAGACGAACGAAUCGCCGAAUGUGGAAUUAUGAUAGCCGAAAAUAUGCAGAGAGGAAAGGGAAAAGGUUUUGAAACCUUAACUCUACUUUUAAAAUACGGUUGCGAUUUUUUAAAUAUCGAAAAAUACGUAGCCAAAAUCAGUUUCGACAACGUAUCUAGUACGAAUCUGUUCAAGAAAGUCGGUUUCCAAAUGAUCGAAGAAAAUCACGUAUUUUCCGAAAGUACGCUGAGUUUAUCGGUUGACGAACGUUUCAAAACGUGGCUUAAAGAGACUAUCGCUGAUGGAUAUUCAGUUACAACCUACGUAGAAUGACGUUUGAAAAGCAACGCAUCACACGUGCUACAGUGAAAUAUGCUCGAGUGCUACUCGUAUGUGCGGAUACGUGUCUUCGAAAUGGUCCAGCGUUAAACGGAACAACCAAUUCGCUGUUACAAUAUUUUUGAUCAUACUAUAGUGAAUUGUACAAAACCUAUUAGUCCGGCAUAUGACAAUAGGAGUAAUUGCACCCCCCCCCCCCCACCAGCCGAUCAUCCGGGACAACUUUUUUCUUAAAGGGGACAUCCUAAGGAACAUUUUAAAGCAAAAUUGCCAAAAAAAGUUGGCCUUACUUACAAAAUGGCGGCCAUUUUGAUUGACUGGUCAGCCGAAAUCGCAGAUUUUGCGUUUCAACAUAGGACUUGCACGAAAUUUUUCAAACUUUACAAAGGUAGAUCGAAAGAUCGUGCAAAAAUUUAUCACCUGUCAAAAUUUCAAGCGCUAAAGUGCGUUUUUCGAUUUUUGGUGAAUUUUUGAAAAUCCAAUUUAGGCCAAAAAUGAGGGAAAAAAUCAAAAUUUUACCAAAUUUACCAAGAAAGCUGAAAUUUGGGAUAUACCUGAUUUUCGACAUGCCAAAUCGAUUGGAAACGGUUUCAACUCGUGUUGAGCAGUUCUGGAGCUUCCAGCAGAUUUUUGAAACUCGAAAUUCCCACAAAAUUCCAUCAAAUUGGAGUUGUAAAGCAAAAAUUUAUCCUAAAAACUAAUUUCUAUACGCUACGAAGUACUGCAGGUGAAUUUCAAGUCGUUUUGGACCCUCCAGCGACUUUUUGAAAAUUCCUGAAGCCUCCAGCAGAUUUUUGAAACUUUAAUUUUUCACAAAAUUUCAUCAAAUGGAGAUGGAAAUCUGAAAUUUACUCUACACUCCAAUUUUAACACCCUCUGAAGACGACUUCAGGUGGGUUCAUCAUUUUAGGGCCUCCAGCGACUUUUUUGAAAAUUGCUGGAGCCUCCAGUAGAUUUUUGAAACUUGAAAUUUCCCCAAAAUUUUAUCAAACCAAGAUGGAGAGUCGAAAUUCAUUCGGCAAACUAAUUUCAAUACGCUACGAAGUUGACUGCUGGUGAAUUUCAAGUCGUUUUGGAGCCUCCAGCAAAUUUUUGAAAGGUUGUAUGACGUUUUUUUGGAAAAUUGAAAUUUCCUAAACCAUUUGAAACCAUCAUGUAGUCUGCGAAGUAAAUUUCCGCUUGCCAACUCCAUUUUGAUAAAUUAUUCAUGUUGGGAAAAUUUCAAGUUUCAAAAAUCUACUGGAGGCUCCAGUAAUUUUCAAAAAAGUCGCUGGAGGCCCUAAAAUGACUUGAACCCACCUGAAAUCGUUUUCAGAGGGUGUUAAAAUUGGAGUGUAGAGUAAAUUUCAGAUUUCCAUCUCCAUUCGAUGAAAUUUUGUGAGAAUUUAAAGUUUCAAAAAUCUACUGGAGGCUCCAGUAAUUUUCAAAAAAGUCGUUGAAGGUUCUAAAAUGACUUGAAAUUCAUCAGAAGUCGUUUUCAGAGGGUGUUAAAAUUGGAGUGUAGAGUAAAUUUCAGCUUUCCAUCUCCAUUUGAUGAAAUUUUGGCUUCAGGAAUUUUCAAAAAGUCGCUGGAGGGUCCAAAACGAUUUGAAAUUCACCUGCAGUACUUCGUAGCGUAUUGAAACUGUUUUUAGAAUAAAUUGUAGCUUUACAACUCCAAUUUGAUGGAAUUUUGUGAGAAUUUCGAGUUUCAAAAAUCUACUGGAGGCUCCAGAACUGCUCAAAACGGGUUGAAACCGUUUCCAAUGGAUUUGGCAUGUUGAAAAUAAGGUGUUUCCCAAAUUUCAGCUUUCUUGGUCAAUUUGGUAAAAUUUUGAUUUUUCCCCUCAUUUUUAGCCAAAAUUCGAUUUUCAAAAAUUCACCAAAAAUCGAAAAACGCACUUUAGUGAUAAAUUUUUGCAUGAUCUUUCGAUCUACUUUUGUAAAGUUUGAAAAAUUUCGUGCAAGUCCUAUAUUGAAACGCAAAAUCUGCGAUUUCGGCUGACCUGUCAAUCAAAAAUGGCCGCCAUUUUGUAAGUAAGGCCAACUUUUUUUUGGCAAGUUUGCUUUAAAAUGUUCCUUAGGAUAUCCCCUUUAAGAAAAAAGUUGUCCAGGAUGAUCGGGGGGGGGGGGUGCAAUUACUCCUAUUGUCAUAUGCCGGACUAUAUGUACGAGUAUGUAGCUGAAGCCGAACUUAUUCGCGCGAAGGAGCUAAAUUAAGAUGGGAAAAUAAAGAGUCGAGACAUUUU